AAGGGCGCCUCGGGACUGUCCAUAAUUUUUAAAGGGUGCCUCGGGACUGUCCAUAAUUUUAAAGGGUGCCUCGGGACUGUCCAUAAUUUUAAAGGGCGCCUCGGCACUGUCCUGUCCAUAAUUUUAAAGGGUGCCUCGAGGACUGUCCAUAAUUUUAAAGGGUGCCUCGAGACUGUCCAUAAUUUUAAAGGGUGCCUCGAGACUGUCCAU